AUGGCAUCCCGUCGAGCUAUCGCACGCAUACCGGCGCUGACCGCUCGCUCCUCCCUCCACCGCGCAGCCCCUCUGUGUUCGAGAAUGUCGUCGCCAGCGAAGCACAACCAGGUCGCUGCCAGGCGGUUACACGCCACAGCGCAGCACCUGAAGCCCGUGGGCGUUGCAGCAGCACAAGGCUACCCAGUGACCCACGAGCAGAUCCAGUCGCCCGAGGACACACCCAACUUCAUCGAGAACAAGUUUGUGGCUUCGAAAGCAACCCAAUGGAUCGACCUGCACGACCCGGCCAGCAACAACCUGGUGACAAGGGUGCCUCAGAGCACCGAUGAGGAGCUCACGGCCGCUGUCGACAGCGCCGAGAAGGCGUUCCCGGCCUGGAGGGCGACCAGCUUGCUGCACAGGCAGCAGAUCAUGUUCAAGUACGCCAACCUCAUCCGUCAGAACUGGGACAGACUGGCUGCCAGCAUCACACUCGAGCAGGGCAAGACGCUUGCUGAUGCGAAGGGUGAUGUGCUCCGUGGCCUGCAGGUCGUCGAGACUGCCUGCGGCAUCACGACCCAAAUGACCGGCGAUCUGCUCGAGGUUGCAAAGGACAUGGAGACUCGCAGCUACAGGGAGCCAUUGGGUAUCGUGGCUGCCAUCUGCCCCUCGAACUUCCCCGCCAUGAUUCCCCUCUGGACUAUCCCGAUCGCCGCCGUCACGGGUAACACGGUUAUCAUCAAGCCCUCUGAGCGCGAUCCCGGUGCGUGCAUGAUUCUCGCAGAGCUGGCCGAGCAGGCUGGCUUCCCUGCCGGCGUCAUCAACAUCAUCCACGGCUCGGUUAGGACGGUGGACUUCAUCAUCGAUGAGCCGCGCAUCAAGGCCAUCAGCUUCGUCGGCUCCAACAAGGCCGGAGAGUACAUCUUCUCGCGCGGUUCUGCCAACGGGAAGCGUGUCCAGGCCAACCUGGGCGCCAAGAACCACGCUGCUGUCCUCCCCGACUGCAACAAGAACCACGCGCUCAAUGCCAUCUCUGGCGCUGCGUUUGGCGCUGCGGGCCAGCGAUGCAUGGCUCUCAGCACCAUUGUCCUGGUUGGCGAGACCAAGACGUGGGUUUCGGAGAUUGCCGAGCGCGCAAAGGCCCUCAAGCUAGAUGGUGGGUUCGAAAAGGACACGGACGUUGGCCCCGUGGUGACGCCCGAGUCGAAGAAGCGGAUCGAAGAGCUGAUUGCCAGCGCCGAGGAGGAGGGUGCCACGAUCGUGCUCGACGGCCGCGGCCAGAAGCCGUCGUCGGGCAAGUACCCCAACGGCAACUGGGUCGGUCCUACGGUGAUUACCAACGUCAAGCCGCACAUGAAGUGCUACAAGGAGGAGAUCUUUGGACCGGUGCUCCUCUGCAUGGAGGCCGAGACGAUUGACGAGGCGAUUGAGACGAUCAACGCAAACGAGUACGGCAACGGCGCGGCCAUCUUCACACGUUCUGGCGCGACAGCUGCACGGUUCCAGCGCGAGAUCGAGGCGGGCCAGGUUGGUCUCAACGUGCCCAUCCCCGUAGCACUGCCCAUGUUCUCCUUCACAGGCAACAAGAAGUCGAUCGCCGGCGGUGGUGCCAACACAUUCUACGGCAAGCCCGGACUGCAGUUCUACACGCAGGUCAAGACGGUGACGAGCUUCUGGAGCAGCGACGACGCGAUUGCGACCAAGGCGGAGGUGGCCAUGCCUACCCACUCUUAG